GCAACUUCUGUAAUUUGAAGAGACCAUGUGUGCAGUCAGAGCAGCUGUGGUGAGUGGAGGCUGUUGAAGACUGCGUCGCAGCUCAAAUAAUGAACAAACAAGUUGUCAAUAUUACUGUGGUUCUUUGAAGUUUGACGCCGUGGGUCAAAAGUCUACAGGCUCUGUUGAUCAACUGCAUUCACUGUUCCUCAGCACCAUCGCCCUUCAACAAGAUGAAGAACACCAGUGAAUGCAUGGCUUCAUUUGUCAGGCAGGAAGCAAGCAUCAUUCUCCAGCAUUAUAACCACACCGGGAAGCUGGAGAAAAGGCGACUUUCCAGUGAGGGCAUGGACGUCAUCAGAAUCAUUUUCGUGAUAGUCAGUUGCUUCGUUGUUAUAGAGAACCUGCUGGUCUUCUUCGCCAUCCUGAAUAACAGACGCUUCCGGAGCUGGGUUUACUACUGCAUUGCCAACAUUACCCUCUGCGACCUGUUGACUGGCACCGCCUACAUCGUGAACUUGUGCCUAUCCGGCGAAAGGACCUUUUACCUCUCACCUACGCUCUGGUUCCUCAGGGAAGGGGUCCUGUUCUUCGCCCUGGCCGCCUCAACGUUCAGUCUGCUUAUCACAGCCAUAGAGAGAUACGCGACCAUGAUCAGACCUGUACCCUACGCUUCGGCAAACAAAACGUACCGUGUCUACUGCCUGAUUGGCUUGUGCUGGCUGCUGGCUUCCCUCAUCGGUCUUCUGCCGCUGCUGGGCUGGAACUGCGUGUGCAACUUUGAUGAGUGCUCCACCUUGCUGCCUCUGUACUCCAAGAGCUACAUCCUCUUCUGUAUUGUGAUGUUCAUCAUCAUCAUCAUCGGGAUUGUGGCCCUCUACAGCGGCAUCUACCACCUGGUCCGCAACAGCGCCAAGUCUGCGUGCAGUAGCAAGAGCAGGCAGAAGUCAGUGCGGUUGCUCAAGACCGUGUUCAUGAUCGUGGCUGCCUUCGUGGUCUGUUGGAGCCCUCUGUUUGUGCUCCUUCUUCUGGACGUCUUCUGCGACUCACCGAUUUGCCUUAAGCUACACACCAUGGAGUGGACUAUUACCUUGGCGGUGGUCAACUCGGCCAUCAACCCCAUCAUUUACUCCUUUGGCAGCAAGGACGUGAGGCGGGCCAUCCUCAGGCUUCUGUGCUUCUGCUUUAUCAAGGCCGGCACGCCCUUGCCCAACUUCCUGAGCCGCAGCGAGUCGAUGCUUGGGGCCUCCACCGACAGUUCCUACAGACUGAGGGAGAGCUUCCGGAAUUCAAAACUGAUGAGCCCAAAGAAGACCUUGCCCAAUUCAGAAGGGAAGCAAAUGAUUCCAAAUGACGUUCCCCCGCAUUAA